AUGGCGGCUGCAGGGACGGAGGUGUCCUGUGGCCUCCUGGCCGGCCGCCACGAUGCAUACGAUGGCAUAAUCCUGGACCCGGAGUCAAUCCCACAGAGCCCCGCCACCUUCACCGAGGCGCUGCAGGUCUCCAUGGCCGCGUGGAGGGGGGCCGGGGUCAAGGGCGUGUGGAUGCGGCUGCCGCCCACCCACGCCCACUGCAUCGGGCACGCCGUGGAUGCCGGCUUCGAGUUCCACCAUGCUGAGAAGGAGUAUGUCAUGCUGACCUGCUGGCUACCCAGGGAUGUCCCCUCCCCCCUCCCGCCCAAUGCCUCCCAUCAAGUGGGGGUAGGGGCUUUUGUGGUGAAUGAAAAGCGGGAGGUGCUGGUGGUCCAGGAGAGACUGGGCCCGCUACGAGGAAAGGGCGUCUGGAAGCUGCCCACAGGACUCGUGAUUGCUGGCGAGGACAUCACCGAAGCUGCUGAGAGGGAGGUCGGUGAGGAGACCGGUAUCAAGGCCAAGUUUGACGCAGUGCUGGCCAUGCGCCAGGCGCAUGGCGUCGCCUUUGGCAAGAGCGACAUGUUUUUCCUGAUGGCCCUGAAGCCGGAGCCAGGCCAGGAGAAGGUCAGCUUUCAGGCCGCCGAGCUGGAGUGCGCUGCCUGGAUGCCUUUGGAUGACUACGUCGCGCUCCCCACCCACACCCCCCUCAACCUGCGUCUCAUGAACUCCUGCCUGGCGUACCUGGACGGAAGUUACCGGGGACUCUGGGCCCGGAGAGUCCAGUCAGGGUUCAAAGCCACGCAAGACCUCCUCAUGUUUGGGGAGCAGAGCCUGAGUGGCGGCAGGGACGAAGACGCAUGGCUGGGCCUGGUCAAAUGA